AUGGCGGACGCGGCGACUCUGGCAGCUGUCGCUGCGAUUGUGGAGAAUAUCGCUACCAACUCGGGAGCCCCUGGAAAAAAUGCUUCAUUUCGCUCCAGUACCUAUGUCCAGCUUCCAGGCCCAGAAUCCGACGAGAAGAAAUCGCUCGAGCGCGAGCUCGCCGCCCUGGUGAUAAGGGUACAGCAGCUCGAAACCCGUGCCAACGCGGCUCCUGCUACAAUAUUCCCCGAUACCCCCAACGAGACUGCAUAUUCACUGUUUGGCGACGAUAGCUCGUCCCCUACUAGCUCAAGCUCCGGCCGCGAGCCUAAACGACUGAAGUCGACAUCCAGCACGACAAGGAAUGGAUUCGCCACAGACGGUCGUGCAUCCAAACUCAACGCAAUCACCGAUGAGGAGCUUGAAGGCCUGCGUGAACAUGUCGACGGUCAGUCCCGGCUGCUUGACAGCCAGCGGGCCGAGCUGGACGGCGUGAACGCCCAACUUUUGGAGCAGAAGCAGCUGCAAGAGCGCGCCCUUGCCAUCAUCGAGCAGGAACGUGUGGCCACUUUGGAGAGAGAGCUAUGGAAGCACCAAAAGGCCAACGAGGCAUUCCAAAAGGCCCUCCGGGAGAUUGGAUCGAUAGUAACCGCUGCGGCCCGGGGUGACCUAUCUAAGAGGGUCAAGAUAAAUCCGAUUGAAAUGGACCCCGAAAUCACCACAUUCAAGAGGACCAUGAACGCCAUGAUGGAUCAACUUGGCGUCUUCUCUAGUGAAGUCUCUCGAGUGGCAAGAGAAGUCGGAACCGAGGGCAUAUUAGGCGGACAGGCUCAGAUCGAGGGAGUGGAUGGCACGUGGAAAGAACUGACGGACAACGUCAACGUCAUGGCGCAAAACCUGACCGACCAAGUCCGCGAAAUCGCAUCAGUCACCACAGCUGUGGCCCAUGGAGACUUGACCCAAAAGAUUGAAAGUGCGGCCAAGGGAGAAAUCCUGCAGCUUCAACAGACUAUAAAUACCAUGGUGGACCAACUGCGCACAUUUGCGUCAGAGGUUACUCGUGUUGCCCGAGAUGUCGGAACCGAGGGAAUACUCGGCGGGCAGGCUGAUGUUGAAGGGGUCAAGGGCAUGUGGAACGAGCUGACGGUCAACGUCAAUGCCAUGGCAAACAAUCUGACAACACAAGUGCGAGACAUCAUCAACGUCACCACAGCCGUUGCAAAGGGAGAUCUUACACAGAAGGUGCAAGCGGAAUGUCGCGGCGAAAUCUUCGAGCUCAAGAACACGAUUAAUUCCAUGGUGGACCAGCUGCAGCAGUUUGCUCGUGAGGUUACCAAGAUCGCCAGAGAGGUCGGUACCGAAGGGCGGCUGGGCGGCCAAGCAACUGUUCACGAUGUACAGGGCACUUGGCGGGAUCUCACAGAAAACGUGAACGGAAUGGCUAUGAAUCUCACCACACAAGUACGAGAGAUAGCCAAUGUUACCAGUGCUGUCGCUGCCGGCGACCUAUCCAAGAAGAUCAGGGUAGAGGUCAAGGGCGAGAUUCUGGACCUCAAAAAUACCAUCAACACCAUGGUUGACCGCCUCGGAACCUUCGCUUUCGAAGUCAGCAAAGUAGCUCGAGCCGUCGGCACAGACGGCACUCUUGGUGGUCAGGCUCAAGUCGAGAAUGUGGAAGGCAAAUGGAAAGACCUCACCGAAAACGUCAACACCAUGGCGUCGAACCUCACUUCUCAGGUCAGGGGAAUAUCAACCGUGACGCAAGCCAUCGCGAACGGCGACAUGAGUCGAAAGAUUGACGUGGAAGCCAAGGGCGAGAUACUAAUCCUCAAGGAAACCAUUAAUAACAUGGUUGAUCGUCUGUCGAUAUUCUGCAAUGAAGUACAAAGAGUCGCAAAAGAUGUCGGUGUAGAUGGCAUCAUGGGUGGACAAGCCGACGUUGCAGGUCUCAAGGGGCGAUGGAAGGAGAUUACUACCGAUGUCAACACCAUGGCAAACAAUCUUACGGCGCAAGUACGCGCUUUCGGAGACAUAACCAAUGCCGCUACCGACGGAGAUUUCACCAAGCUGGUCGAAGUUGAGGCGUCGGGUGAAAUGGACGAACUGAAGCGGAAGAUCAAUCAAAUGGUUUACAAUCUCAGAGACAGUAUCCAAAGAAACACGCAAGCCAGAGAAGCCGCAGAAUUGGCCAACAAGACGAAGUCGGAGUUCCUCGCCAACAUGUCACACGAGAUUCGCACACCAAUGAACGGCAUUAUCGGCAUGACACAGCUCACUCUAGAUACGGAUUUGACGCAAUACCAACGUGAAAUGCUCAAUAUUGUCAAUAAUCUCGCCAUGAGUCUGCUCACCAUUAUCGACGACAUUCUCGAUCUGUCAAAGAUUGAGGCUAAGCGGAUGGUUAUCGAAGAGAUUCCGUACACGCUACGAGGAACCGUCUUCAACGCACUAAAGACUUUGGCGGUCAAGGCGAAUGACAAGUUCUUGGAUCUCACCUACCGAGUGGACAGCUCAGUCCCUGACCAUGUCAUCGGCGACUCGUUCCGUCUGCGCCAGAUUAUCCUGAACCUGGUCGGCAAUGCCAUCAAAUUCACCGAACAUGGAGAGGUCAGCCUCACUAUCCAGAAGGGGAACGACGUCACGUGUCUGCCCAACGAGUACAUGAUCGAAUUUGUCGUUUCGGACACAGGCAUAGGAAUCCCAACCGACAAGCUGGGUCUCAUCUUCGACACAUUCCAGCAGGCCGAUGGAUCCAUGACACGCAAGUUUGGCGGAACCGGGCUUGGCCUAUCCAUUUCAAAGAGGCUGGUCAACCUCAUGGGCGGUGACGUGUGGGUCAAGUCGCAAUAUGGCAAGGGCAGCUCAUUCUACUUCACUUGUCGUGUUCGUCUGGCCGACGUAGACAUCUCACUCAUCAGGAAGCAGUUGAAGCCUUACAAGGGACAUCAGGUCCUGUUCAUCGACAAGGGCAAGACGGGACACGGGCCAGAGGUGGGACAGAUGCUCGGCCAGCUUGGUUUGGUGCCUAUUGUGUUGGAAUCCGAGCAAAACCACACCUUGACAAGGGUGCGCGGCAAGGAGUGUCCUUACGACGUCAUAGUCGUCGACUCGAUCGACACCGCCCGGCGUCUGAGAGGAAUCGACGACUUCAAGUAUCUGCCCAUCGUUCUCCUGGCGCCUACGGUUCACGUCAGCCUGAAGUCCUGCUUGGACUUGGGCAUCACCUCUUACAUGACGAUGCCGUGCAAGCUCAUCGACCUCGGCAAUGGUAUGGUUCCCGCUCUUGAGAACCGCGCCACGCCAUCCCUAUCGGACAAUACCAAGUCGUUCGAAAUUCUGCUGGCCGAGGACAACACCGUCAACCAGCGCCUGGCUGUUAAGAUUCUGGAGAAAUACAACCACGUUGUGACGGUAGUCAGCAACGGUGCCGAAGCUCUCGAAGCUGUCAAGGACAACAAAUACGACGUGAUCCUGAUGGACGUGCAAAUGCCUGUCAUGGGUGGCUUUGAGGCGACGGCAAAGAUCCGUGAAUACGAGCGUAGUUUGGGCACACAGAGGACUCCCAUCAUCGCGCUUACUGCUCACGCAAUGAUGGGCGACCGUGAAAAGUGUAUUGAGGCGCAGAUGGACGAGUACCUGUCGAAGCCUCUGCAGCAGAACCACUUGAUACAAACCAUCCUCAAGUGUGCAACGCUGGGUGGUGCUUUGUUGGAACAAAAUCGUGAGCGCGAGCUUGAACUAGCAAGGCACGCCGAGCACAAAGGAGGCCUGUCUGCAGAUCCGGCGAGGGCAUCAUCGGUAAUGCGCCCGCCACUGCACCACCGACCUGUGACUACAGCCGAGUCGCUCUCGGGCGGCGCUGAGAGCCCCUCGUUGAUGGCAAAUGACGGUGAAGAUCCAAUACAAAGGGCACGUAGCAGUCUCUCUGAACCAGGAUGCCUAUAA